GAAUUAUUUUACCUAUAUCACUUUAAUAUAGAUUUCAUUUGUCCUUAUUGGAUACUUAAUACAAAGUAUUUGAACAGGACUUAUCAUAUACCAAGUUAUAUCAUCAAUUUUCAAAUUUAACACUUGGUUCUCAAAACGACUUUGAUACGUUUUUCAAAUUCAAAUCCACAGAUCCUAAGAGUGCAAAAACCAGAAAAGAAAACUUCUAUGAACAAGCUUUUGUGGCUUUUCACAACAGCGCUAGCCUGGUCCUCUUUAACGGGAACAGCGCUAGCUUCUACGCAAUGUUCUGACGUUAAAGCUCAAUGUUCAGGACUGGAUCUGACUACUCAUGCCAAGAAUGCCAACUUCCCUCUUGCUGACAUUAGUGUUUCCAGUGCUAAGUGGACAGGAGGUGAUAACUAUGACGUUACCAUCAAGUUCUCAUCUGACGAGUCCAUGUCUCUAUUCUCAUUGAGUGAACUGAAAAUCAUUGGUAACGUUUACAAGCUUCUUUACUCUAGAAACUCGAAGGUCUAUUUGAUCACUGAUCCUGGUAACUGGGAGGCAACUGUUUCCUUGACACUUACUGCUGAUUCUAACGGUAAAGUUGUGAUGCCAUCCUUCCAGAUUCAGUAUGACUGGUGUACUGCUGGAGUCACGGACCAGAGUGAAUGUAAGAACUGGACGUACGGACAGUCUUACGAUUACAUGACUGGCUGCAGUGGUCAAGUUGAUGCUCCUAACUAUGGCUGGUCUGCUUACUGUGGCGGUAGUGGUAGUGAUGGAACAACUACGUUGGCUGGAAAAGGUACUACGUCAACCACAAGUAAGGGUACUACGUCCACAACUUCUACUUCAUUGACUUCUUCAACAUCCUCCAAGGGAACAACCACGACAACCAGUCAAGCCGCAAACACUAAUAAUGGAGUUUGUACUUGUUCCAGCUACAGCACUAUCAAUGGCUAUGGUCAAUGUGGUGGUGGUUCGAUGAACAAUGGCUGUUAUGCAUGUGCGGAGGGUUACUACUGUUCUACUCAGAAUGAGUACUACGCACAGUGUAUUCCAGGUACUUCUACUAGUCCUCUGUGUACAGCUUCUUCCGGUGCUUCUAGUGCUACUUCUAGUGCUGCUUCCAGUGCUGCUUCUAGUGCUGCUUCUAGUGCUACUUCUAGUGCUGCUUCUAGUGCUGCUUCUAGCGCUGCUUCUAGUGCUACUUCUAGUGCUGCUUCUAGUGCUGCUUCUAGUGCUGCUUCUAGUGAGACCACAACUUUGGCUCCUGCUGGCACUACAUCAUCUGCCGAUGUUUCUAGCGGAACUACAUCGGGGUCAUCUGCUACAUCAUCUGACGCAGUCUCUACAGGACAAUGUGCUGUUGCAUGUUCCGGUUACGAUUUCACAUACCAUGCUAGUCUUGUUAAUUUGCCAAUUGCGGAUAUCGUUGUUUCCAAUGUCAAAUGGACUGGAGGCGAUAACUAUGAUGUCACAAUCAAGUUUACAUCUGAGGACUCGAUGUCUGUGUCUUCGCUGAGUGAGAUGAUGAUCCAUGGCGGUGUCAACAAGGUUUUGUUCUCUCGGAACUCGAACAUUGCACUGAUCAGUGAUGCAGGUAACUGGGAGACUACUGUCUCCCUGACCAUUACCCCAGACGCUAAUGGUAACGUUGUCAUGCCAGUAUUCCAAAUUAAGUAUCAAUGGUGUGCCAACGGAGUGACGGACUACAGCGAAUGUAACAAUUGGAAGUAUAACCAAGCUUAUGACUAUAUCACCGGUUGUGACAAUGUCGACAAUUACGACAGAUCGCAAACUGAUGCACCAAACUAUGAAUGGGCUGCCUAUGGUGACUGUGGUAACGGCAGUGGCGGAAACGAUGGUACAACCACUUUGGCGCCACAAGGUACUACAUCUUCUACAAAGGCCUCGAGUGCAGGUACUGCCUCCUCUG